ACCACAGUCUAUAUUGCGUUGUCUGCCCGUCACGCCUCCAGCUGUCUUCCUUUACUCUUCUCUAUCCUUCCACUACAUCCCUGCUUGCUUUACAAGACUGCGGACUCCAUUCUCCUCCCGGAAUUCCAAGCUGAAGCAGUAGAAGAACCAACACAGAGAGCAGAGAGAAGAGAGAAUGGAGAAAACUAGCCUUCUCCUCGUCCUCGUCCUCGUCCUCGUCCUUGCCACCGCGGACGACCUGGAAGCGGAGCUCCCCAAGGGCAAGGGCCACGGCGAAGACGACGAUGGAGCCGGCAUCCCCUGGUUCGGUGCCGACCCGGGCAGGUUCUUCGGCCACGGCAGCCGGUUCCACGUCCCGGCCGGGAUCGGUGGCGGGUGGGGCGGCGGCUUCGGCGGCCCUUCCGGCGGGUACGCGCGCGGUGGCGUGGUUCGGCCCUCCGUCGUCUGCUCCGAGAAGGGGCCCUGCCACAAGAAGCGGGUGACCUGCCCAGACAGUUGCUUCACCUCCUUCAGCCGCUCCGGCAAGGGAUACGGCGGUGGAGGCGGCGGCGGCAGGUGCACCAUCGACUGCAAGAAGCGGUGCAUCGCCUACUGUUGACCGCGGAGCCUCAGCCACCACGUGUCGCGGGCUCCCCUCUAGUAAUAUGCUCAGCGAAGGAAGAAGUCAACGCUAAUAUCUCAAUUGGCCACCGUUAGUCCUACGGCCCUUCGAUCAAAGAUCAUAGUAGAUCUCUUCCCGUUGUUAGAUCCUUGGCCUGUUCAAGUCAGAGCUUUUAUCCCAACUCCCGAGGAGCGGCACGUCCAACCGGCUCGGCCGGUGCAUGAAGGCGCCGCUCCGUGCGCUGUGCCACGCACGCGACUUCUACGUGCGCAGCAUGAACAGCUGCGCCGGCCGCAUGGAGUACGGGCUGCAGAUGGGGGAUCUGCCUAGAAGCUACAGCCUUCAUCAAUCGACGAGAAGCAGCGCCAGCGACGAGGACCUGAGGCAGCUCAUACGUGCCGCGUCGCUGAGACGCGCCCUCUCUCAGUCUACGGUCCAUGGCACGCCACCGCCACCGUCGGCGGUGCCGCGGAGCCAAAGCGUGGCGAUCGGGAGGAUCGACGAAGACAAGCCCUGCGAAUUCGGGGACGCGAAGGUGGGGGCGGAUUUCUUGUUGCCGAGGAGCCGGAGUUAUGCUCCCGGAAGAGAGAGGAACGCGAGGUUGUUUGUCUGAUGGAUAACGUCGCCAAGUGUCUGUGGAAAUGACUCUCCUUCCAUUUCGUGUUGAUAAGCCUCUUGGUUUCGUGUGUUGUGCUCGAAGUUAUCCGAUGGUAACAAAACUAGCUUGUAACUCGACAAUUUGUACCUUUAGAUUGUAAUGGUAUCGAACAGUUUCAUC